AUGGGGUUUAGCGCGUCAAAAACAGAUGUCUCUCUCUUUUACUACAGUGCAGAUGGGUGUCAGGUAUUUCUUCUUGUCUACGUUGAUGACAUCAUUAUGAUGGGCAGUAAUGCCACCCUAAUCAGCACUUUGUUGGGGCGUCUUGCUACUGCUUUCAAGAUCCGGGAUCUCGGAAAGCCGAGGUUUUUCUUAGGCAUUGAGACAGUAGACACUAAAGACGGUAUGAUCUUAUCCCAGCGUCGCUACAUGACUGAUUUAUUGAACUGUGCUGGCAUGGUUGACUGCAAGCAACUAGCCAUGCCUGCAUCGACCACACAGGCAGUUACUUCGUCUGAUGAGCCGUUUGAUAAUCCUACUCAGUACCGUCGGAUUGUUGGAGCUUUACAGCUGGUCAAGCGGGUCUUACGGUAUAUUAAAGGCACCCUGGAUUAUGGGCUACGUCUUAGCUCUUUUCCUACUGCUUUCAUUCACGCGUAUUCUGACUCCGACUGGACUAGUUGUCCGAUUGACAGGAAGAACACCAGUGGGUAUGCAGUUUUUCUCGGGACCAAUCUCAUCUCAUGGCUAUCACGGAAACAGCGGACUGUGGCACGCUCCUCGACAUAA